AUGCACACAUUUUCCACAUUACCUGUCGAACUAGUUUAUCGAAUUAUGGAUCAUCAAAAUGAGCAGACGCUAUUUUGUUCAAUGCAAAAUAUUUGUCGACGGCUCAAUCAGAUCCUGAGGACUUACCAGCGAUAUCAAACACUCACCAAACUUAACCUCAGUAGCCACCAAAUCGGUGCUGAAGGAGCACAACACAUCGCGGAUGCGUUGCGAACGAACGCAACGCUCACAAUACUUAACCUCGCUUGGAACAAAAUCGGUGCUGAAGGAGCACAACACAUUGCGGAUGCGUUGCGAACGAACACAACACUCACAACACUUAACCUCGUUGGAAACGGAAUCGGUGCUGAAGGCUCACGACAUAUGGCGGAUGCAUUGCAAACGAAUAUGACACUCACAACACUUAACCUCGAUGGGAACGGAAUGGGUAACGAAGGAGCACAACACAUUGCGGAUGCGUUGCAGACGAACGCAACUGUUAUCACACUUGAGCUCUACGACAACCAAAUCGGUGCUGAAGGAGCACGACACAUCACGGAUUCGUUGCGAACGAAUACGACACUCACCACACUUGACCUCAGUCACAACCAAAUCGGUACUGAAGGAGCACAACACAUCGCGGAUGCGUUGCGAACGAACACAACACUGACAACACUUAACCUCAGUUGGAACCAAAUCGGUGAUGAAGGAGCACAACACAUUGCGGAUGCGUUGCGAACGAACGCAACUGUUACCACACUUGAGCUCUACGACAACCAAAUCGGUGCUGAAGGAGCACAACACAUCGCGGAUGCGUUGCGAACGAACACAACACUGACAACACUUAACCUCGAUGAGAACGGAAUGGGUAACGAAGAAGCACAACACAUUGCGGAUGCGUUGCGAACGAAUACGACACUCACCACACUUAACCUCAGUGCGAACAAAAUCGGUGCUGAAGGAACACAACACAUCGCGGAUGCGUUGCGAACGAACGCAACGCUCACAAUACUUAACCUCGCUUGGAACAAAAUCGGUGCUGAAGGAGCACAACACAUUGCGAAUGCGUUGGGAACGAACACAACACUCACCGCACUUGACCUAAGGUGGAACGAAAUCGGUGCUGAAGGAGCACAACACAUUGCGGAUGCGUUGCGAACGAAUACGACACUCACCACACUUAGCCUGAAUAGGAACGAAAUCGGCGAUGAAGUAGCUCAACAUAUUGCAGAUGCUUUGGGAAGGAAUAUAAGCGACAAGAUGCUGUUGUUCUGA